ACAGUUGAGUUCCAGUUUUCUUAAUUUCAUUUUUAUCUUAACUUUACCGACUUCUCAAAUAACCGAUCAAAGAUGAAUAAUUUAAAUGAGAAAGAGAGAAGUAUCUUUGCGAUCUAGAAGCAACGGGGCAUGAGGUACGCACUGCACUAUUCAUCACGCGCACAAUGAUCAGACUAUUCACAGGUGGAAGGAUGCCUGGAACACGAGCGCAAGCGCAGGUUCUGCGACCUUGCAAUCAAUGCCGCGCGUCCACCUCGUGCAGUCUUCAGUGGAACCUGUCAUUGCGAACAUGGAAAACUCACAGAACGAACGUGUGAUGUCAUCGAACGCGAGUUACCAGCAAAAUAUACGAUACAUCUUCAAGCCCGGUAACUGGAUCCUCGGCUCAAUCGGCAUCUGGCCUAUCUAUGGAAUCGGACGACAUGCGUCAAAAAUCGCGAUCGUGCUGUGUAAUUUUGCGUUAGCCUUUGCAAUAAUACCUUGCGUUCUGCAUAUGAUCUACGACCAGAAGGACCUCAACAUCAAACUGAAGCUCUUCGGAUUGCUCGGCUUCUGUACUACUGCAAUGAUGAAGUAUUGCAUUCUCGUACGUCGACCCAAGAUACGUCGACCCAAGAUAAUGCAUUGCAUCGAGCACGUGAAGAAUGACUGGUGGCAGGCGAAAUUCAGCUCCGAUCGCGAAUUGAUGCUGAAAUACGCCACUACCGGCUGUAGACUAUCCAUGAUCAGCGCGACUUCCAUGUACAUCGCCGGCUUCAUUUUUCAUCUGGUUCUACCAUUUUGCAUUGAGCACAAGGUUGACAAUCAAACCAUUCGACCACUCGUGUAUCCGACUUACAGUAAGUUUUUCAAGGCGCAGGCGAGCCCGAUAUACGAAAUAGUAUAUCUAGCCCAUUGCGUAUGCGGAUACACUAUGUAUUCUAUUACGACUGGAUCGUGCGGAUUGGCCGCUGUGUUCGUCACUCAUGCGUGCGGUCAGAUCCAAGUGAUUGUAUCGCGAUUGGAAGCUCUCUUAAAUGGCGAAAAUCCGAACAUUCAUCAACGAAUCGCUGUCAUCGUGAAGGAUCACGUCCGCAUAAUGAGGUUUGCAGGCGUGGUGGAGGAAAUUUUACAAGAAGUAUGUUUAGUGGAGUUCUCUAGCUCUGUAUGCACGAUAUGUCUACUCGAAUACUACUGUAUAGUGGAUUGGCAAGACGACAAUAGGCUUAGCUUAGCAAAUUACUUUUUACUCUUUGUUUCAUUCUGCUUUAAUAUAUACAUGUUAUGCUAUAUUGGCGAGCUUCUCAUAGAAAAGAGCAGUCAAAUUGGAUCGAUGUGCUAUAUGAUCAAUUGGUAUCAAUUAUCGCCAAGAUCAGUUCGUAGUCUUAUAUUGAUAAUCGCUAUGUCCAGCCAUCCCAUAAAACUUAGUGCUGGCAGAAUGGUAGAUUUGUCAUUAACAACUUUUGGAACUGUACUGAAAACUAGCGUGGCAUAUCUGAGCUUCCUACGGACAUUAGUUAUGUAAAUAUGACUGCAAUUUUGUGGCAUAAU